AUAGUGAAAGGCCUGAAAUACAUGCUUGAGGUGGAAAUUAGCAGAACUACCUGCAAGAAAAACCAGCACCCGCGUCUGGACAACUGUGACUUCCAAACCAACCAAACAUUGAAGCGGACUCUGAGCUGCUACUCUGAAGUCUGGGUCGUGCCCUGGCUCCAGCACUUCGAGGUGCCUGUUCUCCGUUGUCACCGACCCCCGCCUCUUCAGCAAGACCACAGCCAUGACAAACACCAGGAUGCGUGCUCCCUGUCCACUCCCACCCAUCUCAUGACCGGCCUCACAGACCCUCUCAGGCCUCUGACGAGUGAGCAGAUGAAGUGCCGCUGGGUCUCUGCAGGGCAGCUGGAAUGGGAGCAUGGUAGAGCCUCCUAAUAGAUUAAAUAGAUCACAUUUGCUUCUAAAAUUAA